CCAGGAUGAAUUCUAUCAAAGGUGAAGUCGACUCCAUGGCAGAUACUCAACAGCCUAGGCCUCUCAAACGACAACGGAUCGUUGGAGAUGAAUCGUCAUUCAAAGUCGUUGAGAAUGUCCCAUUGCUUGGCUCGGCACACCAAGUGUUAGGAGAUCCAUUCAAAAUAGAUGAACCACCUUGCCCAAGCCUCAGGAACGUUGUAUCCAACGACGAUGAAGCGAUGGAUCCCCCUCCACCAGCUCAGGAGACGGAGCGACAUCCAGGACCAACUAUGACCGGAUUGUCCGUCUUAAAGUUACGACGAAUUCAACCGGGAGAAGAAAUCUGUUUUGGAAUGGUAUCAAAUAUCCCUGUCCGAUUAGGGGAAACUCAGUAUCCACAAAAUCCGAUAAUUCACGUUCGGCUAGACCAAUCAAAUCAACUGCUUCGACUGGAUACAUGCCAGAGGUUUGGCACAAUACAGCCCAAAUAUUCCAAGAUCUUCCAUGCCCUGAAAGACAUGAAUCUCGCAUCAACCCAAUCGUACU